CAGCUCCAAGCGAUAGCAGUGAUAGAAGUGGCUUCAAGCCUAGAGCCAUGGAGAGUGCGGCAUCUCUGCUUAGCAUUCAGCCUCAGCCGCCAUCCUCUUCUCUACCCCGUUCUUUCAAGAGAUAUCUCUCCAUCUCUUAUUCCUUUCCAUCCUUCUGCUUCCUCCCCCUCUCAAUCUCGUCUUUCUCCAGCAGAGGCCACUCCUUCCUACCUAAGGCGGAGCCAUCGGAAGGGUUGGAUAAUCCUAAAUCUACGGAUCCCUCUUUAUCCACCUCUGGGCUGCCUUCUCCUCUGCCGCCGAAGAAGCCGAGCGGCAGCGGGGCCGGGUUCGGCUCUACCGUCAAUGAGAAGAAGAAGAGAAAGGGGAGGGGAACGAGCUCCGUGGUUAGACGGAUGCCGAUAGAUAAGCCUUCUAUUUUCUCUCCUACCGGCGAUGAGAUCCGUUCCUCGCAAGAGCAGCAGCAGGGCGAUAGUGAGGGUGCCUUCCUUCUGGCUUGGUUGGGACUUGGCGGCUUCAUCCUAAUCGAAGGCAUUGCGCUCGCGGCUUCAGG